CGCUACAGCUACGUUGCCGCCAGCUCCGCCAUUAGGCCUCGGCGCAGACGGAGACGGGGGAUACGACCGAAGAAAAAGUCGCAUCCCCCGAAGGAAGAGGCCAAAGCAUGUUUCUCCCACCCCACCCACAUACAUACACAACUUAAUAAAACAAAAUUAACUAAAACAUGACAAGGAACAAAACGAAAGAAAAAAAAACAGACGGACUGCAGGUGGGCCGCAGCUGUUAAGCCAGCGCCGCCAUCUUGGAAUCUAUUGAUGAUGGAGUUUGCACUAUGUCCGGCUAUGCAGUCGUGAGCAUAGAGUGAGUAAAGCAGGGGGCUGAGCACGCAGCUUUGAGAUGCUCCCUUGCUGAUUGUUAUCGAGGCUGACACAUUUCCACCAAUAUGGGCAGACUGGUCUGUGGAUGAGGAAGUCGAGGAUCCAAUUGCAGAGGGAUGCACAGAAACCCAGAUCUGAGAGCUUGGUAACCAGCUUGGAGGGGAUGAUGGUAUUAAAUGCCGAGUUGCAGUCAAUGGAGAACAGCCUGACAUAUAAGUUUUUGUUGUCCAAGUGGUCCAGAGCAGAGUGGAGACCUAGCGAGAUCGCAUCCACCAUUGAUCUGUUGUGGUGAAUCUUGCAAUGAAUUCCAGAUUCACCACACUCCAACUAAAGAAAUUCCGCCUCAUCUCUAUUUUGAAGGUGCAUCCUUUUAUUCUGAGGGUGUCCUUUGGUUCUACUCCAAUUAUUGGAGACAUCCUUUCCAUAUCCUUUCUAUCUCGGGCUUCCAUUAUCCGGUAGGUUUAGAUGAGAUCCCCCCCCUCAUCUUUCUAAACUCCAAAUACAGGCCCUGAGCCAUGAUACUUCUCCCUUGGUCCAGCCUACACAAUCACAAUGAGGCAACAGCCAAAAAGUCACAUCAACACCUCUAAUUCCCAAGAAGGAUUAAGGAAAUUUGGCACAGCUCUAAUGACUUACAAACAUCUGCGGAUGCACCAUAGAAAGCAAACUGUUGGUGUGCAUCACAGCUUGAUUUGGUUGUGUCACAACUUGGUAGCAAUUACAGAAAGUUGUACAUGUAGCCCAGUCCAUCACACAGACCAGACUCCCCACCAUUGACUCCAUCUACACUAGGCUGCCUCUGGAAUACAGCAAACACAAUUAAAGGCCUGUCUCUGUCCCACCCCCGUCAUUCCUUCUCUCUGCUCCCACCUUACAGAAGGUGCAGAAGCUUGAAAGACCAAAGAACAGCUUAUUUCCCUCUGUUAUCAAACUUCUGGCCGGUUCUUCUGUAAACUAGGAUACUGUCCGAUUCACCUCUACCCAAUUGCAGACAUUAACGCCGAAGAACUUGAAGCUGGUCAGGCAGUAUCUGAGGGAAUGGCCAGACAAGUUUCAGGUCAGGACCCUUCUUCAGACUGAAGCUGGUGUGAAACAGGAUCAAUACCUAUUAAUACCAAGUCAAUAUUUUGGAUAAAUAUUAUUUCUGAACUGUUCCAAAAUAUUAUUUCUGAAAUAGUUAAUAGUACUGUUAAUAUUAAGUUUUGAAAGGUUAUUUAUCCAAAAUGUUGACUUUCUCAAUGGAUGCUGACUGACCCAUGGAUUUUUCAUACGUUCUAGGGGUAGAAUGGCCCAUCGAGUACACUCUGCCAUUCAAUCAUGGUAGAUCUAUCUUUCCCCCUCAACCCCAUUCUCCCGCCUUCUCCGGAUAACGCCUGACACCCUUACUAAUCAAAUCAAUGCUUUACAAGAUUUUGGAUUGCUUGGUCGGGGGGUUAGUUUUGUUGGUUGGGGGAGAAAAGAAACUGUUCUGUGACUGAAGUUUGAGAUGGGAAGACUUCUCACUUCCCCCUUCCAACAGGCCAAUCUCUCCGGUAGGCAGCUCAGCUCAGCAUUCUGCUUACAUUAAUAACAGCUCUGGCAUCAAUAAGGCGGGGACUAGCAAAUCUGGUACAGUUGCCUCUCAUUGGUGCGGCGAAUGCGGGACAGAGGGCGAGGACUCGGCGAUUCGAAACCUGCAUUUCGCCACCCAGCAAAAAAAAAAAAAAAGCAAAUGUCGUGUUUUAUUUUUUUCAAAUAACUAGAGAAGUAAAUUCAUUUCAAGCAGAGAGUGCACCUGCUACGAGGAGUGCUGUGCCGGAUCCCUUUGCCCUCUGAUACUGGCUGCUUGCGUGUGCGUGAGGAAUCUGCUCAUUUCCUGGUUGAGUCGCCGGGCGAGGCGUAAAGGGGUUUAAAAGAUGGAAGGGAACAGAGACGAAGCGGAUAAGUGCUUGAGAAUAGCCCGGAAAGCGCUGCAGAAUGGCGAACACGACAAGGCGCUGAAAUUCUUGAACAAAGCGGAGAAAUUAUACCCAAGUAUCGAGGCAAAAGCAUUAAUAGACGCCAUCACCAAGAACGGAAGCACCGCUGGUGGACCAGGACAUCGCACUGAGUCGGACAAACCCAACCAGGGCAAAUCCACGGGUCCGGCGCAGAACGGAGCCAUGCCGGAGACGGAGAAGAAGGUGGAAUCUAAAGCCUACACCAGCGAGCAGCUGGACGGGGUGCAGAGGAUAAAGAAAUGUAAUGACUUCUACGAGAUUCUAGGAAUCGUCAAGGAUGCAUCUGAGGAGGAUCUGAAGAAGGCAUACAGGAAGCUGGCACUGAAGUUUCACCCGGAUAAAAACCACGCCCCGGGGGCCACUGAGGCCUUCAAAGCGAUCGGAAACGCCUACGCCGUGCUCAGUAACCCAGUGAAACGGAAGGACUAUGAUCAGUAUGGUGAAGGACUAUCCCCUGGGAAUUCUCAGCACGGGGGCUUCGAGUUUCACCGGAAUUAUGAGGCGGACAUCACUCCAGAGGAUUUAUUCAACAUGUUCUUCGGUGGAGGAUUUCCCACAGGUAGUACACAGACCUACUCCAACGGAAGGACAAGAUUUACAACGCAGCACACGUACCACAGAACCGAAAGGGAUGACGAGAGAACAGACGUAAGUCAUCAGGGAGGAUUUUCAAUGUUUUUACAGUUGCUUCCUAUAAUUGUUUUGAUAUUGGUGUCUGUUUUAAGCCAGUUGAUGGUAUCUUCUCCACCGUACAGCCUCUACUAUCGAGCUGCCGUGGGACACACAUUAAAGAAGCAAAGCAUCAACCUUAAAGUGGUUUAUUUUGUCAACAAAGACUUUGAUAAAGAGUAUACAGGUGUGGCGUUACAAAAAGUGGAAAAAAGCGUUGAAGAUGAUUAUAUAACUAAUCUUCGAAAUAACUGCUGGAAGGAACGGCAGGAGAGAAAUGACUAUUUUUACGCUGCCAAGGUGUAUCGCGAUGUUCGCCUUCGAAAGAAAGCUGAGCUGAUGAGGAUGGAAAGUUGUGAGAAACUAGCGAGACUAAAUGAACUGUAUCGAGGGGGCUGAUCCAGCUGACCAGAUCUCACCUUUUAAUUUAAAUGUUAUAUUGUACAGGGAGACAUUUCAAUUUAUUAUUAUUUUAAAAAGAAAAUAAAUCUUUAAGUCUUAUAACUUUGAGAGCCCGGCCCCCUUGGACUGAUUACGGUUGAGAUCUGUUGAUGGCCAGAGCACUUUGUGCUGGCUGUGUGCGCAUGUUCCUGUCACUUUAUUGUAUACAAUACAGUGAAUUUUAGAUUAGCUUUUUAAAAAAGCACAUGACUAUAGAGAAAACAGAUAAUUCCGGCUAAUAUCGCAGGUUUGAUGCGCGUUGGCUGUCCAUUUUUUAAUUCCACUGCCUGUUUGUGUUGAUCACACAAUUGGGAGUCGACGCACCCCCAACGAGCUAAUAAACGCAAUGUGUAGCUGUCUGUCGUCGAAAAGACCUUCUUGACUCUUUUGAUUUAGAUUUUGUACUUUUGAAGGAUUUUAGUGUCUCUUGACAAACUAACCCAAUUCCAGCACAUUCUCGAGAUGAACUUUAAUGCAUUCCGUGAUCAUCAUGUUCUGAAAUUAUAAAUUAAUCCCUUUUUUUCUUUUUUGAGACUCGAUUUGAGAUUUGUUUUGGCAAGGCAUAUUCAUUGACCACUUCUAUCACUUAAGCAGUGAGGUGAUUUAUAAUGGCAUAUUCCUUAUAUUAAGGAUUAUGUAGAUGUUCUUGGGGGAAUGAUGUCCACUGUUGCAUGUAUAGUUGUGCAUAGGCCUCCUUGAACUGUGAAUAUUGUACAGUUGUGAUGUAUUCUCGAGAGCUGCCUCUGUUUCUGUUGAGCCGUGUUUAAAGAUAACAACAUUUGUAUAUAAAAAACAAUUAAGAAGAAAACUUGUGCAGAAUGCUGGGGGUGAUUGGGCAAGAUGCUUGAAGGGAGAGGGGGCACCAAAUGCUUCCCACAAUGAUAAAAUAGGACUGCCCCCUCUCCCCUCUAUUGUAUUUACCUCCAGCUGGUAUAUUUGCACACCUCCCAGUAUCUGCAUAACUCGGACAUUCUGUGAGCUGUCAGCACCUGUAGAAUUUUUACAUCUUGAGCAAAACACAAAGUGCUGGAGUAACUCAGUGGUUUAGGCAGCAUUCCUGAACAACAUGGAUAGGUGAGUUUGGGUCGUGACCCUUCUCCAGUCUGAAGAAUGCUCCUGACCCGAAUCAACGCCUAUCUACGUUCUCCAGUUUUGCUGCCUGACAUACCGAGUUACUCCAACGCUUUGUGUUUUGCUUAAAAUUCCCGCAUCUGCAGUUCCUUGUUUCUCUCUGAAUUUUACACCCUGUUCACGCACAGUUAAAGCCUGGAAGAUAUUUCCAUUUUGACAACAAACAUAGCCAAAGGUGGUGAUAAAUACAGUAGGUUGGUCAGCCCAUGGAGUCUACUCCAUUGGUCAGUGAGAUUGUGCCUGAUCUGCUACCUGCGCUUGGACUAGUCUCCAUGUCUUCAGAGCUAGAGAUUACCGUGGUGCCCUGACUCCAUUGACCUCACGUAUAUGCACAAUAAUUGAAUAACUAAAUACCUCCUCACUUCACUCCUGCUCUUUUACUUUGAGUCUCUUACAUCCACUCGUUCUAUUCUCCCCAGAAGAAACAUCUCAUAGACACUGCCGAAGACCUCUCAUGUUUAAUGAGGUGGUGAGAUCGCUUCCAAUCUCCAGGGAAUGUAGAUCCAGUCUCACGGCUCAUUCUUAACAACGGGAGGGGUGGGCGAGACGCAAUGAACUGCAGAUGCUGGAAUCUUGAGCAAAACAGUGUUGGAGGAACUCAGCAGGUCAGGCAGCAUCUGUGGAAGGAAAUGGAUAGAUGACUUUAUAGGUCGGCACAGUGGCACAGCUAGAGUUGCUGCCCCACAGCGCCAGAGACACGGGUUUACUACGGGUGCUGUCUGUGUGGAUUUUGCACGUUCUCCCUGCGAUCACGUGGGUUUUCCCUGGGUGCCCUGGUUUCUGCCCAUAUUCCAAAGAUGUGCAGGUUUGUAGUUCAACUGGCUUCUAUAAAUUGACCCAAGUAUGUAGGAUUGAAUUAUUGUCUUGGUGAUCGCUGGUCCGUGUGGACUCGAUGGGCUGAAGGGCCUGUUUCCAUGCUGUAUCUUUAAAGUCUAAAAGUAAAACGCAAGGACCCUUCAUCAGUCCAAUUUGAUUGAGGGAUGGGGGAAAUGCCUUGGGAAGGGGAGUUGCAGAAAUCGGUCCAAGUCCUUUACAGAAACUGGAGCUCUUGUGAAAUAGUUACUCUUGGAGGGAAUUCCCUCAAACCAAACUCCAUCACAGUCCCUCCUGAGGCAAGUAGGUUGAGUUCUUGUCGGGAGGAUAUGAUUGCAGUCGAUUUCUUUAUUUGAAAGAAAGUGCUGGAGGAACUCAGUAGUUCAGGCAGCAUCUGUGGAUGGGAAUGGACUUGUGACAUUUUAGACAUUGAGGAAGAGUCCUGACCUCAAAUGUCUGAGUGAGUCUGAAAAUGGGUCCUGACCCAAAAUUUUGCCCGUCCAUUCGCUCCACAGGCUCUGCCUUAACCCUGUUAUUCAAGCACUGUGUUUUGCUCAAGAUUCCAGCAUCUACAGUCUCUUUAUUCUUGCUAUAUAAUUUCUUACAUGUAAAAGUGGAAACAUCCAUGGACUUUUAAUUGCUAUCCAUGGAUAUCAAUUUGAUGCAGGGUCAUGACCCGAAACGUCGAUCAACCCUCUGCCUCCACAGAUGCUGCCUGACCUGCUCAGUUCCUCAACUGUUUGUUAUUUUGCUUCUGUGGUCUUUUGUAUAGAAACAUAGAAAAUAGGUGCAGGAGGAGGCCAUUUUGCCCUUCGAGCCAGCACCGCCAUUCAUUGUGAUCAUGGCUGAAUUUGCUAAAUUUAUACCUGGACUGAGCUCCCUCUGCAUACUCCAUGCUCCCAGCCUUAUCGUUUAAUAAUAAAUAAUGGUAAAAUUGGUAACAUUCAUAUUAUUCCAUCUGCCACAAAACUAGGCAUUUGUCAUGUUGCUAUCCGUAUAGAGCCUCACGGCAAACUCUUGCUUUGUAAUGUGGAGAGCCAAGAGCUUCCACCUCUAACAUUGGUCAUCACGGACACAUUACAACUGGUCCCUUCAACCAUCUGAUUCUGUAGCUACCUGAGCUUAAGCACCACACCUUGCUGUGUACCUCACUCACAAUAAGACCAACUUAUUCCUCCUGGCUUCUAAGGAUUAACCAAUUCUGAAUCUACCCUAGAAUCAUUAAAAAUUGUGAAGAUAUAGUUCUGAAGAUAAUCCCAGUCAGACAGAAACCAGUAGAAAUGGCUGAGAUUUUAAUUGCACAUUUGAAUUGUUGAUUGUAAUAUAUAUAUGUAUUUAAUGUAUCUCUCUUUAACCUGCAUCAAAUAAAAGUUAUUUUAAAGUGUGUGAUCUG